AAAAGAAUCCUCAGUUUGUAGAUUCUCUUAAAAUGUUUUAGCGAAAUAUCAUCCCCUUGAUGGUGGACACCACGUGUUUUCAUUUAAUAGUGUACGCGGUAGCUGUUAUCGGACAAUGAUGCGAAAGUAUUAUACAAUACCUCUUUCCACUUGUUUCAGCUAUUUCGUGGAGAUUAAGAGGUGAUAAUGGCGGCUGUGAGUGAAGAUCCGAUCACGCUAUGGCUCAAAUUGGGAGCUUUGGAAAAAUUGGAACAGGUUGUGCUGGAUGGCUACGGAGAUCAGUUAUACGGGAAGACUUCCAGAAUCCCUCAAGUCAAUAAGUUCUUAAGACAGGUUCCUAUUUUUCAAAGCAAAAUCGAUGAGAUUCACAAGGCUGUCAGCACUGGCAGUCUGCGCGAUGUGCAGCACCUGAUCGACCGCAAGAAGCUGGCCUUUUGUAGGGAUCACCUAGGGGCCAGCCCCAUGCACAAGGCCGUUCUCUUCUCUCAAAAACCAGUCAUCGAUUAUCUACUCGACAGAUAUCCAUCUGUGGUACAUGCACGAGAUCACCGUGGACGAACUCCGCUGCAUUACGCGGCAGUCCUCUCUGAUGGAGGUGACAUUUACAAGAUGCUUCUCGAUCACGGAGCAGACGUCAAAGCCACAGACGUCUACGGUAAUCGUCCUGAGUACUACAUGCACGCUCAGGAUGAGAUGGAUCUGGAAGCCCUGAGAGAGGGUAACGACAAACCUCCACCGAAAGUCAACGAAAACAUUGUAAAACACUUCCAGCACAUGGGUGGAAAUCAGGUGGAAGGACCACGCUCUGCAAAAGUUGUGGGUUCGAGAACGCAGAUACGAGAGAUGAUUGUGAAUGGCAGCCUCGAGCAACUGGAGGAACUCGUACUACAGGGUCACGGGGAUCGAUUGUUGGGAGAAUCAGCAACAAAUCCCAUUGUAAAAGAUUUCAUCCGAAUGGUUCCCGUCUACAUGGAAAGAAUUUAUGAGAUCCACCGAGCAGUGACGAGAGGUCGCCUUCGCGAUGUUCAAACUCUUCUGGACAGGAAGAAAUUGGCACUGUCUCGGGAUCCCUUGGGCGCGACACCCCUCCACAAAGCCGUCAUGUAUGGACACAAGGAAGUCGUCGAAUACAUCGCCACCAAUUUCCCUCUCUCAAAAGACGCCAAGGACUUGGAAGGUCGUACACCUCUUCAUUAUGCUGCUGCUCUGAGAGACAAUCACGAGAUUUAUAACCUGCUGGUUGCCUUAAGUGCCAAUCCAUUAGCUCUAGAUUAUCGAGGCAAAACAGCUGAAUAUUACUUACAGUUUCCUGAGCAUCUCCAUCUGGAGCAAAUGAUUAAGCAGAGUCAGAGGACCAACGCCAACUACAUGGCCAACAACGCCAGUCGACUUAAAGCAGCUUCUCCUAAAAGAAAGUCUCCAUAUCCAGCAAGAGCAUCUGUUGCGUUGGAUGUCAAUGGAAAUAUAAAUUCAAUAAAUGAUGAGACCAAAGAAAUUAACAAUGUGGAGAAAAGUACUGCCUUCAAAAUGCCGAAGAAAGCUCUUUUUAGAAGUCAACCUUUGUUACCACCACCCAAGUUGAAAAGACUGGAAAUCAACUCAGCCAACAUCAAACGGUGGGUGCGUGAGGAAGAUUUAGAGAAGCUGGAAGAUGCAGUGUUAGAAGGGUUUGGAGAAAAGGUGGCCCUUCAGAAGAGUGAAAGUGAGAAAUUGCAGAAGUACAUCAACGACCAGGUUCCCUUGUUGGUGAGGAAGAUCGAGGCCAUCCACAUCGCCGUCACAAACGACGACAUCACGGAGCUUCAGAACCACUUACAGGACACCGACCACAUGGUCCUUGCGAAAGAUCACUUCGGCAUGGCUCCAAUCCAUCGGGCCGUCCUCAUGAAUAAGCGGGAUACCCUCGCUUUUCUCAUAGACAGGUUCCCAGAAACAGUAAAUGCUCGUGACAAAGAAGGUCGUACCGCUCUCCAUUAUGCUGCCGCUAUGUCCAGAGAGCCGAAUGGAGCUUCUAACUAUUUCAAGACCUUACUGGAAGCGGGGGCAGAUCCCAGAAUUCGUGACAACCAGGGUCGCUCUCCCGAAUACUACAGAACUCACCAAGUCCCCAUACCACACAAAUUGAACCUACAACAAAAGAAGAAACUCAGGAGUAAAUCGGAACCUCCACUGCACAAGGCAAAAAAACUUCCCGGAAUCAAUGGUGGAGGUCUUCCCCAGGUGACAAUGGACAAGAUAACCGGAUGGUUUCAAAGUGGAGAUGUGGACAGUAUCCGAGAGUUUGUGAGUGAUGGAUACGGGCAACAUCUGGUUGGAAAAACUUCCUGGAAUGAGGACGUAAGGCAGUACAUCAAAACUCUACCCUCCCAUCUGUUGAGCGUGGGAUCUGCUUUCCAUGCUGUGGAGAGGGGUGAUAGAGAGUCUCUGGAGAAGCAACUCCAACACGAUGACUCACUCCUCCGUACCAGGAACAGUGAUGGAGUCGCACUCAUCCACUCAGCAGUCCUCCAUGAUCAACUCAACAUCAUCAAUUAUUUCCUCGAUAAAUAUCCUCAACUACUCAAUCUCAAAGACCGGAUGGGUCGGACGCCCCUUCACGUAGCCGGACAACAAAGGAAUCAAUAUCUCUAUUCUGUGUUGGCCGCUGCAGGAGCUGAUCCAAUGAUCUUGGAUCAGAAAGGAAGAACAGCAGAAUUUUACAUGAAUUCAACGAAUAAGAUUACCAACAAGCCAACACACAUCUCACCCACUUCAUCAUCGCCAGAAAAUGACUCUUCUGACGUGAAAAGCCCAGAAGACGAUCAGCCUCCCGUCAAGGAAAAAGAGGAGGAAGAGGAAGUGAUUGUGGACGACAAGGAAGAGAAACAGCCGGAAGAGUUGUUACCAACUGAAGAGCACACAGAAGAUAUCCAAGAGGAGAAGAAGGAAGAAAAUGAGGAGGAGAAUGAGGAGGAAAAGGAAGAGGGAGAAAUGGAGAAGGAAACAGGAAAAGAAGAGGAAGAGGAGAUAGUAGGAAUAGAAGAGAAGAAAGAGGAAGAAGCUGAAGAGCCAGAUUCAGCUGAAAAGGAUUUUGACUCACCUCCAGAGCAAGAAAAGAAAGGAUCUUCCAGUUCAGCUGAUAGACUCAAUGAACUAAUCGAUGUUUGGAUUCGUGACAAGGAUCUUCUCAGGUUGGAGCACGUGGUCAUUGCUGGGCAGGGAGAUAGACUCGUCGGACGUUCUUCCAGUGACCGUCAAGUCCAAGAAUUUCUAGAGCUUGUCCCAACCUAUAUGGCGAGAAUCCGGGGUGUCCACGAGGCCGUUAUAAGGGGGAGCCUCGGAGAAGUGGAGUCGGUGUUGACGAGGAAAAGAUUUGCCCUGAGCAGAGACCAGUUGGGAGCGAGUCCUCUUCACCUGGCUGUUCUGCACGGACACAGUGACAUCGUCAAGUAUAUCAUCGAUAACUUCCCUGAAGCACUGGAUGGACCCGACAAUGAAGGGAGAACUCCUCUUCAUUAUGCGGCUGUUAUGAGAGACGGAGGAAAUUACUAUAAGAUUCUGCUCAUGGCUGGUGCCGACGAAACCGUCAAAGAUAAGAGUGAUCGUACCCCUGACUACUACCUGACACAUCCGGGUGUUCUCACGAUUCGUGAUCUUCUGGAGGGUUACCGGAUCAGAGAGAACCAGAGUCCAUCUCAAGUGAAUAUUUGGCAGCGUCCACCCACAGAUGAAGCUGAAAAACUGGAUCUGUUUGACCACGAUUCUUUCGGUGGGGAGACCCCUGAUUUUGCCGAUACUCCCACACCGGAAGGUACGGCGGAGGAGAAAGCCGUUGAAACUGAGAUGGAGAGAAGUGACCAGCAGGAGGAGGCACAAAGCAAACCUCUCAUAGAUUAUCCCAUUCUUUUCGAUCGACAAAACAAGGACAGUCGCUACCUGGCUGGUGUGUUGGGAGAUGCUUUGGUCAAGGGUCUGGCUCAAGUGGCUCAAAGGAGACCCAGUGACCCCAUCGGAUAUCUUGCUACCUAUCUUUACCAGUACGCGGCCAUGAAAUCUUCUGCUCCUCACACGAGCAGUGAACCUGAAGUUGCUGAUGAUGAAGAAGAAGAAGAAGAAGAAGAUGAUAUGAUGAAUGCAGAUGAGGAAGAAAAAGAAGACGCUCGAGUUGAUGAUUUGAGAAGCGCCCCUCUCGAUGUCUUAGCUGAAGAUCCUGAAGAAAUGGAUGAUGAUGAUGAGGAAUUCUCUUUGGAAUUUGAAGAUCAUACAAAAAUGAAGGACGAAGAAGGCCAGACAGUGUUGCAUUUUGCAGCUGCUCGUGUUCAUCCCGAUGGAAGCUUCUAUGGCCUCCUCAGUCACGCCGAAGUGCUGAUUGCAGAGAGGGACGUCCUCUACAGAACAUGCAGGGACGUGGCAGAAGACAGCGACAAGGAGGAUAAUGUGAUGGCCAUCGACCGCUUCAUUUUUGAUGCAUUCCAACAACCGAAGACAUCACUCAUACGAAUGCUACUGCAUGAAGGCUAUGAUCACAUGAUUCACAUUAGAGAUCCCUCUGGUCAAAGUUUGAUAUCCGUCCUGGAGCAGAAGAGACUUCACACCUCUCAUGGACUUGCAAGAGAAGUGACAGAGUUUGUAAGAAAAAGAGAAGAACUGUAUGGAUUCAUCCGUAAGAACUACUUGGAGGGAGUGGCGAGAUUAGCAAAAUCUGACGGAACUUUAGUCAGCGCGAAAGGAACGAGGUCAAGAUCUGCACUUCACAUAGCUGUCCUAUUCCAACACAUCGGUAUCAUUACAGCUCUUGUGAAAGCCAACUCAUCUGCAGUUCAUGUUACUGACAAUCUGGGAAGAACUCCUCUUCAUUAUGCAAUGGCAAUGGAUAAAGUUGAUAAAAUCGCCAAAAUCUUAAUCUCAGCUGGUGCUCUCAAAACAACUAAGGAUGUGAGAAUGCGAACGCCGAGCUUCUUUUUCAUCUACAAAGAAGAAAUCGAAAGACUGAGAGACGAAGAGUUGAGGCUCGCUUGAAAUUUUGUUUACACAAUAAAUAUUCAAUUUUUUUACUUUUCAA